AUGAGCGGCAUGAAACUUCGCGAAACCAUCCGCGUGCCAGUGCGAUAUGGCGAAGAUGAGUCCGAGAAGCCAUCACGGAGCUUUCUACGUCCAGGCACCGAUGAGCCCGAUGAUGGAGAGCCCCUGGAGCUUGGAGAAUCGGGCAGAUCUCGCUCACAUAAAAGGAGCAGGCCAAUUUUUGUGCAGUACAAUCCAGACCUACCACCUGCCGCUUUCCCUUCCCUUGAUAGGCCCAGGCCGCGUUCGACUCAUAAACCCGGCACACCAGGUCCGACAUCUAGAGGCAACAAAAGCCCUAAGGCCAGUCAACCCCCUGAGACCGGCCAAGCGACUGAAGUUAAAUCACUUCCUCCCAUUCGAAAUGAAGCAAGAAACACUGCUUCAAUUGUCUCCGGCAAAUCGGAGGAUAUUCCCAUGAAUCAACUCGAGAACCACAUAGUUAGUAACAGCAUGGACAACCCGACGUAUGCGAGGAACGUGGAUCUCGCUUACAAGCCUCGCCCGGGUGCGCCUUCGAGUCCAGAUGAUGUGACAGCAAUUUUCGACAGUGACGAUGACGAACUUCCAGACGCGACCCAAGUGCUCCUUGAAAAGAUUCCGAACCCGAGAUGGAAUGACCUCAACCCAGCUAUGCAAGUGGAGAUUUAUGAGAACAUGAUGAAAGACCAUACGUAUUGGAGUCUCUGUCACUUGCUUGGUCUCGGGAAGGCAGAACGCGAGAAAAUCGAGGAGUACGUGAGGAUCCGUAAUAAACAGCUCCUGCGAGAGAACAACCAUCUGGAACAAAUGCGACGGAAACAACGCAAUGCACUGAUGAAUAUCGACAACAGUGACUUGAAGGUUUUUGAGCCGCCACCUCAGCUGGUGCUGAAGAAGAUCGCCCGAAAUACAACUCGGAGAUUGGUCAACAAAUACACGGACUUGAUGAUGUGCCAAGCUCAUGAUGUCCUCAAAGCCAGACAAUACUUGCAUCGACGUGGACUGCCCCGCGGCUAUGCUGGAGACUGGGGAGACAGUCUGGUGGUUCUGAGGGAAUCCGAAGAAGAUGACAAAUUUGAACCCGAUAAGUUCGAGUGGAAAGAGGAAAUGAAAUUCACUCCGCCUCCACCUGAGGUAGACCCUGCCCGGGCCCAAGCACUCCAAGACACUGUUAACUUUAUCAACAAUAUCGGCGGAGACACAAUAGCCCCAACGAGUUUGGUUCGAAACAGCACUGACCAAGAGCCUCUCCGGGACUGGGGGAAAUAUUUCGAAAAAUCGAAAGAUGGUAUGUCGUGGGACACCACAAAAGUUCGAGAUGGCGGAAUGGUCAAGUUGAAUCUCGGUCUAGAAAGAGCGGCGGCUCUUCGACACUACGAGAAAACCGGUUCAAUGCCUCAGAGCGUUGUCUCCCCUGGCAUCGUGUUUCGAGGUUUUGUUCCUCCGGGCCCAAUGCCUCAAAGUAUUACGCCACACAAUACUAUGUCACAGGAUGCGAUGUCCCGAAUUGCUAUACCUCGAUUUGGUCAGUCCCCAGUUGUUAUGCCUCCAGUUGCCAGGUCCCGAGACAGCAUGCCUCACUUUGUCAUGCCUGGAGCUGUUAUGCCUCGGUUUGCUUACCCUCAAGGCACUUACCCCCAGCAAUUCACGCCCCAAGGAUUGUCAUCGCGUGGACAAGUGUCACAAUCAGCUCUGCGUCCGUCACUGCCGCUAGAGGUUCACUCGGAAACACCUUCGAGGGUGAGGUACAACAUCGCUCCGCAGGUUGGCUUCGGUACCGGCUCCCCCCAUGGCUUCCCCUCGACAUAUGACCAGCAAGGGAUCAGGCCGAUAAGCAGAGAGAUCCCUGGCGACGAUUCCUUCCUAAUGAGCCCCUCUGAGAGCCAGGCCAGAUUUAAAAGGCACCUCACGCGAGCCAAGCUCGAGAAGGUAGAAGCAGAAGCAAAAGCCCAACAGCGUUUCAACUGUUUGCCAACCCGCCAGGUUAAUGGUGUUGGUGCUGGUCGUUCUCUUUAUUGCGGACCUCCCCAGAAAAUCGCGGGGAAAGUUGAAGAACCCAUGUCUUCGGAAUUAUUCUCUUGGGAGGAACAUAAUCAAUCAAUGUGUGCCAACAAUGACGACUGGAUGAGAGAAUUUAUCUACUUCAAGCCUCCUUCGGAAACUAAAGAAGAGGAAGCUGAACAAGUCAAAGAAGAGGCUACUGAAAAUUUUGCAACUCAGAGCACUUCCAAUGGUCAUACCUCGAGCACUGAUGCUUCGACAGAUGAUGUGAUGCUGGUGCGAACGGAUGGUGAGUGUUCCUCUCCUUAA